AUGAAAACAUGCAUCGCACAGGCGGCGCGCGCACGGCAAAGGGCGACGCCGGGCCGGGCUAGAGGCAGAGCCGCGCCAGACGCCGAGGAAGAUGAAAAGGAGGAGGAGGAGGAGGAGGAGGAGGAGGAGGACCGGGGUAAAGGCGAGCGGACAGGGCAGAGGAGAAACGAUAUUGGAGGCUCUUGCCACUGCCCUGACGCAGGAGCCCCCUAUCCUCGGAGCGAUGUGGAGGGGGCGGGUCCUCGACCAGCGCUGCAGCCGCUGCCUCCGCGAGGUCUCGCGCGGGGAGCAGGUGGCUUCGCGGGCGGACAGCCGCGCGAGGGCGCCAGCGUCCGCUCCACAGUCCUAGCUGCUGAGCUACGCUACCUGCAAGGACCAGCACGGUGCAGACCAUUUUCCCUGGCACCAAUCUACAACCGACCCGUGCUCGAGAAUGGCUUGCUCGCGUUGCUCCACCCAAGGCUCCCACCACCCUUCCAACGUCUUGGUCGCCAUUCUCCAGCCGGCGGCUACAGUCGACACUAA